UAAACCGUUUCACUUUCAAAGUGUUGAUAACCAGAGGGUUCAAUCAGUCUACCUUCUUCAAUGAUGGAGAGCCAGAAUAAUCCCCAAGCACAACAACAGGAAGAACAACAUCAGAAACAACCUCAAGAGCAGCAGAAGAAUCAAGAACAAGAGAAACAGCAAGAAAAAGAUCGACAAGAACGGCACAAGCAUGGAGAAGAAGAGCGAAAACCGCCGGUUUCACAGUUUCCAUUGACCCUAAAAACCACUCGAUCACCACCAUCCGAUCCUUCCCCCGUUGAUUCUCCUCUUUCAUCUGAUAAUUCUUCUCUCAGCCACGGCUUUUCCCCACCACAACCAACAUCGUCACCUCAACCUUCUGAACCCAACUCCAAGCCACCACCUGCUGCGGCGGUUUCCAGGGCGGAGCUCACUUCCAGAGAUCAGCCAACUGCGAUUACUGUUGAACUUGAAGAGCAGACGCAAAAACUGGGUUCUGGUAGUGGUAAAAGAUUGAGGCCUGAUUUCUCCAUAUUAAGGAGAACCAAGAGAGAUAAGGUGAUUAAAAAGGCUUUAUUGGGGUUCAGGAUUUCUGGGUUUGGUUUCUGUUUGGUUUCUUUCUCUGUUCUAGCUACCGAUAGAAAUCAAGGUUGGGCUCUUGAUUCUUUCUACCGCUACAAGGAGUUCAGGUUUUGUAUGGCGGUGAAUGUGAUAGGAUUUGUAUACUCUGGGAUUCAAGCAUAUGACCUUGCCUACCAAUUGACCUCAGGCAAGCGUAAGUCGCGGAGUCGUCUCCGGUGCUACAUAGAUUUCGCUUUGGAUCAGAUGCUGGCUUAUCUUCUCAUAGCGGCAUCAUCUUCAGCAGCUGUUCGAGUCGACGAUUGGCAAUCCAAUUGGGGAAAGGACAAGUUCCCGGAGAUGGCAAGAGCUUCAAUGGCCUUGUCCUUGGUGGCAUUCGUUGCCUUGGCCUUAAGCUCACUUGUUUCUGGUUAUCAUCUUUGUACUUUCAAAUCUAUGUAGCCAAUAAUACAUCUUCUGGGAAAUUAUAUACGUACAUGUGUGUGUGUAUAUAUUUAUAUAAAGAUUAAAUUUCUUUGA